GUUCCAGGGGUACCCAGGGCACAAAUAAGCACUCACCCCAAAUCCCCCCCUAACUGGCCUUCAGGCUGAGCGCCCCAACAGAUUAUCAAAGCACCCCGUGGGGUGAGCCCAACAGUUUGUGACCAAGUGGCCUAUGCGAUGGAAGCUAUGCCCACAUCCCACACAUGAGCAAUGGAAGGAGAGGAGCACAGGAACCUUGGGGUCCCCCAGUUCUCUUGUAGUUAAUAGUGAAGUGGUAGUGCACAUACCCUAACAUUAUUUCUGGGGCCACCUUUCCUUCUCAUAACGUGAUGUAGAAUUAAAAAUAAUUGUUGAAAAAUAAUUGUUUAAUCCCUUCUAUGGCCCACCCAUGGGCCACUAUGCCAUGACUUAUUCUGACAUCUUAAGGGGGAGUGUAACACAAGAGGAGGGCUGUGGAAGGUUCUAAAGAAGGUUGUGGUCGGGGGGGCUGAGAUACAAUGGCAGUAUAGGUAAGACUGAACAUGCUAGUAACACUUUUACAGAAAAUAAAGGGAAAUAAGGCACAAGGAAAAUAAUGAUAUAUUUGUUUCUUAAUAUUGCCAUUAGACAUAUAUUUAUUCACGCAGUACUAUACAGAAUGUAUUUGGCUGAAAAAAUGCCCUGCCCUGUGUGUGGAUAUUGUCACGUUGCUAUAGAUGGAACCAGUGAAGCUGGAGCAGUACAAACACAUUGCUGGGUACGAGGAGUCCUCGUGGGCACUUACUAUCUGUGCAGAGGAGAGAGCGCUGGGCUGAUCAGGAAGUGUCAGGCUGCGGGACCUGAAGGGGCAGUUUCACUCUCCAAGGCAGUGUGCGAGCCUCAUUCAGCAGGCAGGUCAGUAAUGUGAGCAGGAGGCUACUGGGUCACUACCUGGGACAUCACUCAGCGGAGCCCACACUAUGGCGCAAGGGGCGGCACACAAGAGGUUCCGCAAUGCGGUGCAUAGGGUGGCGCUGCUACAGGCCGUCACUAAGCGCUUCAUACACAGGGCAGAGGAGGCGCUGGGCUGCACCUUCUGGGGGGACGUGGGGGUCCCCAGAUUUGCCUCAGGAGACGCUUCCUAUAAUGAAGAGGCAAUGAAGGAACAGGAGACCAGCAAGAAGGGGAAGAGGAAGAACAAGGGCAGUCUAUCGUUUGACAGCAGUCUCUUUAAGAGCCAGUAUGAGUUCACCUUCCCAGAAAAGGCCAUAGAGGUGGCGCUGCGCCGGCCGGAGCAGAGAUCAGAGCAGGACAUUCGCUUUAUCCGCAGCAUGAUGAUGGGAAUUCUCAGCUUCCGGAGAUACAGCAGCCAAAUGCAGCUCAUGUUGGCACGAGUCGUCUAUUACCGGAGGUUUGGACGGGGCAGAGUCAUUGUGCGAAAGGGACACCGAGGGGACAGCUUCUACUUUGUGUUUUCUGGGGUCAUUGCUGUAACCCAGGACGUGGACGGCAGCAGCGCCCUUUUGGAUCCAGAACCCAUCCUGCUUCACAAGGGGGCCAGCUUUGGGGAAGUAGCGUUGCUGAAGGACCUGAGGAGAAACGCAACAGUGGUCUGCAUGGAGGAGACCGAGUUCCUGGUGGUGGACAGGAUGGAAUUCUUCGAGAACAAGCUGGACCAAGAGCUUCAGAAGGAGCUAAAAUACAGGUUCCAGCACUUCAGAUCCCUGGACCUGUUUUCCAGUUGGUCCGAUAAAUCUCUAGAGACCUUGGCCGAUCACUGCAAGGCCGAGGAAUGUCAUCAUAGCCAAGUUAUGGUGAAAGACACACACGAGACCAAAAACAUCAUCUUUGUCACAAAGGGGCGCUGCGAGGUCCUGCGAUUGGUGCAUCUCAGCCAAUGCCCUUCCUUUCUGAAGUGGAUCAAGCAACACGAAGCUCACACUGGCAAACCCAUCCUGGGCCCCCACCACAGUGAAAUAGGGAAGUCUCAUCGAGGCAGCAGGUUUCAUGGAACCUCCUUCAGUCAGAGAGAAGAACCAAACCUCACUGCACAGAAUGGAGACAUCUCAGACAAGAGACCCCCUUCCAUGGAGGACAGAGCCAUACACAGAGUGCUUACUGAUGCCUCGGGGAACCUGGACUUACCUAGAAGCCUUAUGGCCGGAGUCUACCUGCGUAUUGAUACCAUCCACCCGGGCCAGUAUUUUAGAGGAGUGGAUGUGGAUUACAUUGAAUCCUGUUUAGAGCGAGACAGCCGGCCGAUUCAUGAACCGAGCCUGACGUGCCUGUCCAACUUAUAUCACAAAGACCCCCGGUCAAUGGUGAUUAUCAGCCAGGGGGCAGAGGUGAUUCGCGUCAAACUGGACAAGUUCUCAGAACUGAGCGACCUUGUCACCCUGAAGAAACUGAAGGAGGACAUUCUCCCAUAUCCCAGUGACAAUGAGCUGUGCCGGAUCUUCCUGGAACAGAACCGCUGGAAGAUUUUCAAGGAAGAUCUCGUCACUACUCUGAGCUCAGCUCCAAGUCCCAGCCAUAAUGUCUACCCCAAGCGGAACAGGUCCCGCACAGAAGCGGGGCACAAAAGCCACACAGCAGACAGGAGGGGGAUCCUGCAGCUGGGGAGAGGCAAGCCAAGCAACAUCAAGAUUUGGACCACUCCAGUGAUGGAAAAUGUAUCCGACCCAGGGACCGAGCAAGACCAGUCCCCGAUCCGGCUCAUUCACGGCAUCGAUAUUCCAAAGCUUUGUGGGAAGCGAAUCAUGUGGUGAUGCUCAGGGCAUAAGCCAUGUCUGAUGGCCAUAGGAUGUCACCCCCAAAUAACUAGAAGGCACUCUGAUUGGCCACUCGCUUGCAGGCAGACUGUCCCUAGUACUGGCUAGCGCCCAGCAAUGCAGAUGGGAAUGCGGUGUUGCUCACUAAUGAACGUGGCGCCACUUACUGGUGCCUAAGUAGGAAGCCCAGGUUACUAUGCACACAGUACAUUUGUAUUUAUAUAUGUAAGUUGGACUUAUUACUUCCCUAGGCCACAGUUUCCCCCACGUUUCGGGCCCAAUAGAAAGCUCCACCAGUGCCAUAGUAACAAAUCAUAGGACUCUGAUCUGCAAUUAUUAUUAUUAUAUUAUUAUUUUAAUACUAAUUCACAAUAAAACGUUCAGCCCUUGCUCUAUACUAAGGGAGACGGAA